CGACUAUGAUCAAUGAGUAUAGGACUCUCCACCGGCAUCGAAAUGUCAUAACAAUCAACACACUCUGUAGUGCAGGUAACUCGCCGAUCCGGCACGAAGGGGUUUCCACGACAAAAGCCAUCAGUAAAGACAGCACGGUGUAUGGCGAACUGUGUAAGGCGGAACCGCGUCCCCGACGAGGCAGGCGGUCAGAGGCUUGUAGCCAAGGACACGCACCGCUGGGGUGAUCUUAUGUAAAU